AUGGGCAACUGCAUCCCAGUGAGCCCCAAAGUCCUACAGAACGGAACCUUUGUGAACCUGCUGGACCUCCUGGGCAACUUCACCACCAGUGAGGACUACAUCGUGGACUACACCGCCUCCGAGCCCUGCCACAACACCUACUGCCCCUUCUUCCAGCGCGCAGCCCCCGCUUUCCUGGCCAGCACCUGCGUCGCUGCCGCCCUGGCCACCGGUGCGCUGCUGGUGGCCUUGGCCAAGUGUCCCCACGCGUGGCCACACCACCGAGCGCUGGUGGCCCAGCUGGCGGUGGCGACCGGGCUCUUCGCCGCGGUGCUGCCAGCGGUGGCGGCGGGCAUCGGGCAGGGCUGGCGGCUGGGCGCAGGGGCUUGCAAGGUCACCCAGCUGCUGUGGCACUGCAGCGUCUUCGCGCAUGGGCUGCUGGUGGCCAGCGGGUGCUGCAGCGGCGUCUGGAGCCACUGGGACCCCCGCAGCCAGCGCCUGGCCGUAUCCAUCUGGGUCUGGGCGCUGCUGCUGGCCCUGCCGGCUGCGCUUGCCGGCGGCACGGUGGCGGCUCCGGAGGUGAGCUGCAUCCGCCGAAACGUCGACGUCCUCUCGCCCGCCUACCUGCUGCACCUGGCUUCCUGCCUCUGCGUCUUCCUGCUGCUGCCGGCUGCGCUGCUGGUGGCCGCCCUGGUCCGCAGGGGGCAGCGAGCGGGCUGGGGGCCCGGGGCCGGCGCGAGCUGGCUCUUCUUCGUGCUCUGGGUGCCCUACAGCGUGGGGCUGGCCGUGGAUUUCCUCCUGCACGCCGAGCUGCUGCAGAGCACCUGCGGCAUCUUCGAGCGGUUUGAUUACGCCCUGGGGCUGUGCGAGGCGCUGGGGGUGCUGCACUGCUGCCUGGGGCCCGCCGUGCUGCUCGCCGCCGGGCUCUGCUGCCGCAAUGUGGGCGCUGCCGGCGGCUUCUGA